CAAACAUCACCAAACAUACCAUCAAAGUCUCCUACUUGUCUCAGCUGGAUGUCUUUUUUGGAUCGCAGGAUUCCCGGCGCGGUGGAUCGACUGGACCGGCACGGCCCGGGGGCUGAAACCGACGAGCCUGGCAGCCAACGGCCGCCCCGCAAAAAAGAGGUACAGAAAUGUACCGGAUUAAUAUGGAGUUUUGUUUUUUCAGGCUCCGGACAGGUGGAACGUUCGGAUUCGAAAAGCAAGUCACGGGCAUCAAAGCAAGCGCGUCGUGCUGAAUGGGGGAGUGGCGGGUAAAAACUUGGAGGCGUUGUGAUUGGACACCCCUAGCCAGAUGCAUUUUGCAAUAUGUACGAAUAUGUAUGACAGGUUCAAGAAGCUGCGGUUAGCAGCGCCAGCCAGAUGCAUAAUAGAUCAUAAUAGUACCACAGUCCGAGCUCACCACUUGCUUGGCAAUGAGCAAACAUGUUUUGAAGCAGCAUAUUCCAGGAUCUCUGUGGAGUCGGUUCCGGGAGCGACAGAAAUCGCUGCGAGUCAACGCCUGGCCGCGCCAAAGCGGCCGCGCCAAAGCGCCCCCGUCCACCUGAGGGAGGGGGACUGGAUCCAACAGCCCCUUUCGCAGCUGCGAAAGGAUCCACAGAUUGGCGUGCAACUUCGAACGGAUCCACAGACGCCGCUCCGCUCCUGUUGGCCCAGCCCAGCUGCUUGAAAGAGGUAUACGAUGGUAUACGCCGACCUGUGUCGGUUGUGUGGUCUCUCCACAAAGGCCGAUGGUGUGCUGAAAAGAGGACCCGAGACAAGUGGAGUGGAGGAGCUAGUUACCAAGGAGGAGAAUGUUGAUCGUUUUUGUCCCAACGAGCAAGCUACUAGUAACAAGGGCAUUGCUACUAGUAGCAAGGACGCUAGUAGUAGCUUCUGGCAUUACUACUAGGAACAAGAAGCUACUAGUAACAAGGGCAUGUCCCAAUUGCAAUGUUCCCA